GGAAACGAAGAGCAGGUUGAUCGGCGAUUGAGAGAGGGGGAGAUGGGAACUAGAGAAGUAUACGAAGAGAAGCUGAGACGUGCGAAUCUAGAGUAUGAUCCGACCAUGAACCCUGGUCUUGGUUCCGCUCGCUGUCCACGUUGCCUUUCUCUCUUAACCCCUAACUCUGAGAAAGGAGAAUGGACCAUCACUCCAGUUCUGCACGAUGCUGCUGCUGUGGCUGGUUCUGGUAUUGGUGGCUUGCUUAGUGCCGUCAAUGCUUUCAACACAGGGAUCCCCUAUCUUCAGAAUCGGUUUCCAGGGUCAAAGCGUCUCUCUUUUCUUGUCGGGGUUCCAUUGCUGCUAGGCUAUUCAGGUCUAGGGGCUGCCUUUGGAGGUUAUGCACUUCCCAAGUUUGCUCAGCUUACAGUUACCUCGUAUUAUGCGUCUUCAAGUGCUUCACAUUAUGCGAUCUCUAUGCUCACCCGCCGCAUCGAAGAAGCUCAUCUCUCUCGAACUCAGAAAGAAGAUGUAAAUUGAAGUCAUGCAUAGAUAAAACGAGAUUCUAUUGCACUUCUCUGUCUUAGUAGCUUAUUUCAGAGUCCUUCUACUUGUUCUAUAGCUUAUACCUUGGUCACUCCUAUAAAGUUAACUAGGGAUUGACCCGCACGGUUUAAUUUUUAUGGUUUUAUAAAUUUUGUUCGUUAUUUUAUAAUUAGUGUUAUAUAUUUAAGAUGUUU